GAUACGCCCAAACAGUGCGCGGAUAUCGUCGCGGAUGGGGUCGUGAGAUUUGUGUGCAGUCGUGCGAGAUAUGGUGUCAUGUUGAUGUUGGAUUUGUGUUGGUGAGGAGUUGUAAAGUGGAAGAAUAGUGAAUUAAAUUGGACUUGUGUUGAAUGUUGCGCUCACUUAGAAGUGAUUCAGUUCAGUUCUCGGUUCCAGCUUGAAAUAAGCCUUUUCAAUUGGCCGAGCUCAGGCUUCAUUCGGUGUCAGCCAAGGCCUUGGGUUGGCCAAAGACAACCCCUUGGAGGGUGUGCAGAGUGCUUUCCUGAGUACCAUCUAAACUGAAGGUGCGACUCCUGUGGCUUGUGAAGGAAUCAGCAGCGAUGGACUCGCCGGAUGCGACGCUGCAGUUCCAGUUCCAGUGCGGCCUGGACCGCGGCUCGGUCACCGUCGACACGGCCGGCCUCACGCUCAAGACGCUCAAGGAGCACGCCUUCGACUUCCUGACGCACAAGCGGCCGGACCAUGGCCUGCAGCGGCUGCCGGAGAACCUGCUGCUGUUUCGGCACGACCCGUCGGCGGCGGCCGUGCUGCAGCUCAUCAACUCGGUCACCGACGUCACCACCAACAGCCUGGUGGAGAUCGUCAUCAGCGCCACCAUCACACAGCAGGCGGCGGCGGCGCUGGACGUACGGCCCCACGCGCUCUACAUCCACUCGUACAAGUCGCCCACCUUCUGCGAUCACUGCGGCGAGAUGCUGUUUGGUCUGGUGCGGCAGGGACUCAAAUGUGAAGGGUGCGGCAAGAACUUCCACAAGCGGUGCGCCAUCAACGUGCCCAACAACUGCCUGCCGCGCGAGCGUCGGCGCAAAUCGUCCUCAUCCCACCUGCCGCAGUCGUCCUCCGUGACGUCACUCAUCUCACACGCGUCCGAGGACUCGGGCACGGCCAUGUCGAUGCUGAACGGCAGCACAAAGUCCCGCUCGCCGUCGCUGUCCGGCCGGCCGCCAUGGACAGAGCGCGAGAUCGCCGGCCGCAUCGGCAUCCCGCACACGUUCGUCGUCCACUCGUACAAAAAGCCCACCAAGUGCAUGCUAUGCAACAAGCUGCUGGUCGGCGUGUACAAACAGGGUCUGCAGUGUCGCGACUGCAAGUACAACGUGCACAAGAAGUGCGCCGACCGCGUGCCGCACGCAUGCACGGGCGACGCGCCGUCGGAGCCGGGCGCUCGCAGCCAGGAGGAGGACGCCAGCGACGCUGACUGCGAGCCAGACGCCGGCGAGCCGGACGAAUCGGAGGAGGAGGAGACGGAGCCGGGCGGCUCGCCGACGGGCGGCCGGACCGGCGGCGGCGAGCCGCCCCCCGACCCGGCCGCCGACACAGACAAGGAGUCACUCUGCACGAGCGAGUCGCAGAACAUUCCCGUCCAGCGCCUGUUCCAGUCGGUGAAACACAAGAAGGCGCCGACGGUGACCAUCAAGGAGGGGUGGCUGGAGCACUACACGGGCAGGAACCCCGAGAAAAAGCGUCACUUUUGGCGACUGGAUACCAAAUGCUGCACCCUCUACAACAACCACAUGGACAGCAAGUUCUACAAGGAGAUCGCGCUCUCCGAGAUUCUGGCGAUAGAGGCCAGCAAACCGAACGACGACUCGUACUCAUUCGAGCUGCGCACGGCCAACCUGGACUACUUUGUGCUGGAGCGUCCGGUGGCGGCACAGGGCCCGCCGCCGCCGGCCAUCACCCUGCCUGACGGCACGGCGGUGGAGGCCGGCAGAGACUGGGAGCAGACGAUCCGGCAGCUGAUGCAGCCGCCGGGCGCUGCCGCCGCGCCGCCGCCGUCGGCCGCCCAGAGCGGCGCCGAGCGCGACACGGCCGAGCCCGACCCGUCCACCGACAUCACCACCCUCUACCAGAUCUACUCGGACGACGUGCUGGGCUCGGGCCAGUUCGGCAUCGUCUACCGCGGCGUGCACCGCACCAGCGGCAGACAGGUGGCCAUCAAGAUGAUCAACAAGCUGCGCUUCCCCAACAAACAGGAGACCCAGCUGAAGAACGAGGUGUCCAUUCUGCAAACGGUCUCACACCCUGGAGUGGUGGUGCUGGAGCGGAUGUUCGAGACCCCGAACGAGGUGUUUGUCGUGAUGGAGAAGAUGGAGGGCGACAUGCUCGAGAUGAUUCUCCAAGCCGAGAAGCUGUGCGAGCGGAAAACACGCUUCCUGAUCACACAGAUCCUGGUGGCGCUCAAGUACCUGCACAGCCAGAACGUGGUGCACUGCGACCUGAAGCCAGAGAACGUGCUGCUGGCCUCCAAGGAGGAGUUCCCGCAGAUCAAAAUCUGCGACUUCGGCUACGCCAAGAUCAUCGGCGAGCGUUCGUUCCGCCGCUCGGUGGUCGGCACGCCCGCCUACCUCGCGCCCGAGGUCCUGCGCAAUAAGGGCUACAACCGGUCGCUGGAUAUGUGGUCGGUGGGCAUCAUCAUCUACGUCAGCCUGAGCGGCACGUUCCCCUUCCACGAUGACGAGGACAUCAACGACCAGAUUCAGAACGCCGCCUUCAUGUUCCCGCCGCACCCGUGGAAGAGCAUCAGCCAGGAGGCGAUCGAGCUCAUCAGCUGCCUGCUGCGGGUGAAGGCGCAGCGCCGCUUCACCGUUGACAAGAGCCUGAUGCACGUCUGGCUGCAGGACUUUGAGUGCUGGUCGGACCUGCGCGCGCUGGAGCGGCGGCUCGGCAAACGCUACCUGACGCACGAGUCGGACGACGCGCGCUGGCAGGCCUACCAGCGCCAAUGGGCGGCCGGCGCCGCGCCGCCGCGCAACUGACUGCUCCGCCGCGCCGGCCGAGCACGUGCCGCGCGCCGCGCCGGCGUCCGGGGGCGCUGUGCGCCCGCCGAGCCGCGCCCGGCCCAGCCGAGGUAUCUAACUGGAUGCGUGAGUGAGUGAUCAGUGGCGCCGUGACGAUUGUGUGUCUGUGCGAGAGAUUGGGCAGCCUGAUGUUGGCGCGCAGUGAGAGGCGCCCUGCCUAUAUUUGUAAGAGAGCCGAGGCGAUCUGCCUGUAUUUGUAAUGACGGGGGUUUACCCCGACCGGUGCUGCUGGAGGACCACGAACUGAGACGCCCGGCCAAACUGUACAGCCGAUAUGUGACGAUGUGUAAGUACAGCUCGCCAAAAUUUAUAGCCGCAGCCGCGCGGCGGGCGCGGGCCCAGAGAGACCAAAAGUCUAGUUAGUUUGUGAGAUGUGUAUGCGCCGGCCGGGCUGAUGUGGCGAGCGUUGGCCGCGGACUGUCGGCCGUCGGAGCGGCACGGGUGCGUUCACAUUCCGUGGUGGUGGCCGGGUAGGGGUGUGUGGGGCGCGCCGCGGCCGCCGCCGGCCGCCGCGCCGGGCCGCCCCGGCCGGCCGGCUGUCUUCCUGCGGCUCGUGCGGCGGCCGGCGGCGGCGCGCGCCCCUCGGCCCAGCUGAAGUGCCUGGCACGCGCCGCCCCUGCCGGCGCUGGGCGGGCCGACGAUGCAAUGUGCUGGAGUGGCGGGCGCCGACGGCGGCUGGCCGGGCCUGGUCGCGCCCGUCCGGCCCGACUCGUGAUAGCCGCCGCGCGCCGACCGGCACCGGCCGCCUGGCCGCCAACACCGUGUCUUUAUGCAUUCGCUUGUAUAUCGUUCCAUUGAGGUGUGGGUGCGCGCACCGGGGCCGGCGCCGCAGCCCCGCGUCCGAGCGCCCGCACUCGGCUCGUGCUCGUUAAGUGGUUUGUAAGUGUUAUCGGUCGUAAUUCAAUUUUAUUAUAAUAUACUCGUACUUGAUA